AUUUUCAUCUGCGARAUCGUUUUCAAAGUAGACCAAUUCGCAGAAAAAUCGCGGACAUGGCAACUUUGCUUUUGUCACAAGAUUGCAAGUGCAGAGAGGAAAAAAUGACUCAGUUMUGUGGUUGUGGUGCCGAAUGUUGAAAGAAAAUUCAUGCUUCUGCUUUCUCUGUCAGUUAGGUAUUUAACUUAGAUUGGGACUCAAUGGAGCUGGCUGAAAGUUGCAGCAUUCCAAUGAAUGAUUAUGGGGAUGCCACAGGGUUACAGACRCCAGGUGCAGGGACACCUAGAACAGAGAACAUCUACCAGUCUCUUCGGUCUCCAAACAUAACGUCAAUACAGAGACAGGCAAAGCCACAUAACAGGAUGCAAUGGAAAACGUUUGUGUUCCCUCUACUCCUCUUCAAUGCACUUUUACUGAUUAUCAUUCUGGUAAUUGUUGGAGUUCACUAUUCCCAUUUCACCGGGGCAUUGUCAUCUAAAAAUGGAGAUUUCAGACAGAAUGAAGAAGCGUGGCAUCUCCAUCACAAUGGGUUCUAUCUCUUCUGGCAGAGUGUGGGGGAUUGCUUAACUGCUAAUAGUUUCUGUCAGCAGAACAACGCUACUCUGACCACAUUGCAGCCACAUAACACGGUUUGGUUGUUGGCCAGGGCCAGAGGACAGCAGCUUUGGGUCCUUGAGCUGAGGGAUACGACCGAGGGAUCUGCAGAUGGUGCCACAGAGGAUGAUUCUGAAAAUGAUGCUGAUUGUGCCCUCUUGACUGGGGAUCCCACCCAGCCCUCAAUGAGCCCAGACCACAUGAAGAGCCAGGGGUGGGUGUGUGAGAGGAAGGCCUCUCCACCGCAUGUCUGUGGAAAUCAAUAAYAUCCAAUGUAUUCCAUUCAGGAAUGAAAGCAGCUUUUCCUUGAAUUUUUUCACUUUUUGUCACAAUAUGAAUCGUUUUUUAA